AGCAUGAUGUUAAGUUUCGUUUUCCAGAUUAUCAACUGCUGAUGGAUAUAAAUACAGAGACUGUGCAGAGACACACACAGAAACCAAACGACGUUUCAUCUCAACCACCAGAAACUCGGAAAGUAUCAGAUCAUCGAGCAACAUGAGCAGAUCUACAGAGUGGCUUCCUUCCCUGUGGAUUGACACAUUUGAUGAGUUGCUCAAUGAUGACAAUGAGCUGGACUAUGGAGACCAGUGGAGUCUGAACUUUAACUACACCCAGACAGACCAAGUCACCAAAGAGGAGAGGAAGAGGGGCUGGAAAGUCUACUGUCAUUGUGCAUAUGGAAAUUUCCAGUGUGGAUCCUGCGACAAGACCUGGCCAUCAGCACGGGUGAUCGUGUUGUUCCGCUACCGGCUGCGUGGUGACCGGGGGACAGUGAUCAUGCGGCCCUUUGGACAGGCCUGCCGCCGUUGCCAAGACGAUGAGUUUGACCUCCCUGGUUUUUCCAAGAAAGAGGUGGAGGAAGCUCUGCUCAGGCUGAUUCGCAAAAUCCGGAAGAAUUGCUAUGGAGACGAGGACGACGAGGAUGAUGGCAGUGACUCGUCAGCAUGCUCUACCAAGGUGUACACCAAACCGCAUGAGGCCACCCUGUGUCAGGCCUGCAUCAUGGGCAUCUGCUGUCAAGAUGACUAGAAGAGUGUGUGUGUGUGUGUGUGUGUGUGUGUGUGUGUGUGUGUGUGUGUGUGUGUGUGUGAGAGAGAGAGAGAGAGAGAGAGAGACUGACAAUGAGUUUGUGUGUUGGUUGGCUGGGAUGCUUGUUAAUAGCUUUUUUUCUUAAUAGUUUAAAGUAGUUGUCGAUUAAUGGUGUAGUACCAGCAGGACCAAUAAUAAGAUUGUUAUAAGGAUAUAACUUUGUAUUCUUUUUGUAUUUUUGUUGCUACAAAUAAAGUCUUAAGUCUGACCAA